GACGCGGACGUGGCGCGGUGCACGCUGGGAUAUUUAAGUCUUCUCCGCGGCGCGGAGCCGCGAUGUCUCCGGCGGUUGCGGCAACUGGAAUAGGCGAGCGGCGACGGCCCAUAGCGAGUGCCAGGGACUGCCGGGGCCGUGGUCGCGGCUGCGGCGGGCCGGCCGGGACGGCGCUGGUCGGCUUGUCGUUGCUCGGCCUCGUGCUGUACCUGGUGCCCGCGGCCGCGGCGCUGGCCUGGCUGGCUGUGGGGGCUACCGCGGCCUGGUGGGGACUGAGUCGCGAGCCCCGAGGUUCGCGCGCCUUGUCCUCGCUGGUGCGGAACGCGCGGCGCCACCGAACGUUGCUCGCUUCGCCUCCAGCCAAGUCGGCAGUGAACGGAAGUCUCCUAGAGCCGAGGACCCCGCUCGACGGACCCGACUCUGCAGAGCUGCUCCUCAUGGGCAGUUACCUGGGCAAGCCUGGCCCGCCGCAGCCCACCCGCGCCCCGGAGGGCAGGGACCUGCGGGAGAGGCCCGGCCUCCCGCAGGCCGCCCGCACCCCGCUGCCCGCUCCUGCGGCCCGGCGCGCCCAUCACGUUUACUCCUCUCUCCCCACCACCCUCCCCCGGCCGUCCCGGAGGCCUUCCCACCGGGAUUACGGGACUUUAUCCAAUCGGUUUGUGAUAACACCUCGAAGACAUUAUCCCAUCCAGCAAGCCCAGUAUUCCUUACUGGGGGUCUUGCCCACAGUGUGCUGGAAUGGUUGUCAGAAGAAACCUGUGCUGUCUGCUCGUAACUCAAGGAUGGUGUGUAGUCCAGUGACUGUGAGAAUUGCACCUCCAGACAGCAAACCACCUCGUGCUCCAAUGUCCGAGCAGAUCAUCAACUCAACACUGUCCUCAUCAUCAAGUAAUACCCCAGACCCAUGUGCAAAAGAGACUGUACUGAAUGCCCUCAAAGAGCGGAGGAAAAGGACAGUAGAAGAAGAAGACGAAAUGUUUGUCGAUGGCCAGGAAAAUAAGAGAAGGCGCCAUGAUAGCAGUGGGAGUGGACAUUCGGCCUUUGAGCCGCUGGUGGCCAAUGGAGUCCCCGCAUCUUUCGUGCCUAAGCCUGGAACCUUGAAGCGAGGUCUUACUUCCCAGAGCUCAGAUGACCACUUGAAUAAACGCUCACGCACAUCUUCUGUGAGCUCCCUGACAAGCACGUGCACAGGUGGCAUCCUCAGCUCCAGCCGCAACGCCAUCACCAGCUCCUAUAGCUCUACCAGAGGCCUUGCACAGAUGCGGAAGAGGCCUGGACCCACUUCCUCACCCUUCUCUAGCCCUGCCUCCUCCCGUUCCCAGACACCAGAGAGACCAGCCAAGAAGACAAGAGAAGAGGAGGCUUGUCAACAUGCAAGUUCUUUAACACCACUGGUGACGGACAAGGAGUCCCAGGGAGAAAGGGUUGCAGAGACAACCACCUGCAAACAGAACUCAUGGACUUCCCCGUCUACACCUGGCAGCUCUCGGCGGCGGGUACGAAAGACUCAGCUGCUGUCCUGCAGGCGAGGGGACCGGCUGACCUUGCCUCCCCCGCCUGAACUCGGCUAUUCCGUCACUGCGGAAGACCUGGACCUACAGAAGAAGGCUUCGCUGCAGUGGUUCAACAAAGUCUUGGAAGACAAAGCUGAUGUUGCCUCAAACUCUGUCACUGAGAGCCCAGCCACCACACAGCCUUCUUUCACAUUCUCCUUGCCUGCUACAGUGCCUGUGUCCUCACCAGCAUCCCUCCCAGUGCCGGGUGCAAAUCCCCUGCUGGAGAGCUUGAAGAAGAUGCAGAGUCCCCCAGGCUUCCCAUCCUUCUCAGAACCUGCUGGAGUGGCAGCCACUAUGGCCCCUACACCUCCGAAGACACCCAGCCUCCUGAUGCCACUUGCUUCUUCCUUGUCAGGACCCCUGCCAGCCUCCUCUUCAGACACAAAACCCACAGCCACUCUCCUGGCCCCGGUCCCUGCUGUCUCUGCAGCCACAGUCGACACCAAGCGACCUCUAGCCCCCCAGGCUGAGACACCUGCCAAAGCCUCCACACCCCCAAGCCCAGGUCCAGCUCCCAAGCAGAGCCCAGCAUUUGAGAUGCUGAGCCCUCCGCCUUCCCACCAUGCCGCUCCCGCUGCUGCUCCCAGCCCGUCUUCUGCUUCUCCCAUGUUCAAGCCCAUUUUUGAACCACCACCUAAGGUCGAGAGCGAAGGGCCUUUGCCAUCCAGCACCUCCCUUGCAGUCACCGCCUCUACCAGCACCACCCCCACCACUACGACCAGCACCGCGACCCCGACUUUCAAGCCCAUCUUCGGCAGCAUGGUGCAGCCUGUGUCCAUGCCCCUGUCAACUCCUUUCUUCAAGCCGGCAACUGCUCCGGUCACUACUGCAGCCAUAAGCUCCCCCAUCUUCUCUCCCCUGGCCCCUGCCACCUCUACCGUGGCUUCUGUCACCACAGCCAGUACCUCCACGGACUCCACUUUGAAGCUUCCUUUCAGCUUCGGAGUGAACAGCGCGGCCAGCACUCUGAGCAGCAUGACCAGUACCUCUGCUUCCACCUCGCAGCCUUUCCUCUUUGGGGCUCCUCCAGCUUCUGCUGCCAGCUUUACCCCAGCUGUCACCUCCAUUUUCCAGUUCAACAAGUCUCCGGCCGUGCCCGCGACCACGGCCAUCACCAGCUUCAGCCAGUCCCUUCCCAGCACCGUGCAGACAGCCACCAGCACCGGCAGCAGCACAAACACUGCUGGCUUCAGUGGCUUUGGCAGCACCCUCAGCACUCCGGCCGCUAUCACCACCAGCCAGUCCACGCUGACAUUCAGUCAUACGACCACCCCAGCGUUCAACAUUCCCUUCGGCUCAGCCACCAAGCCCCCUGUCCCACCUCCGCCAUACCCAGGGGCCAACCCCCAGCCCACGUUAGGGGCCACAGAGGGGCAGCAGCAGGGCUCUGCGGCACCGGCCCUGCUGCCCAGCUUCGGCAGCUCCUUCACGUUUGGGAACUCUGCGGCCCCGGCCCCAGCCCCAGCCCCAACUGCCUUUGGCAGCUCAGUGCAGUCCACUUUCGGCGGCCUGAAAGCUGUAAGCGCCAUGUUUGGUGCCCCUGCCAGUACACAGCCAGCCUUUGGUAGCAGCACAGCCACCGUCUUCUCCUUCGGUACGGCCACCACCUCAGGCUUCGGCACCACCACCCAGACGGCCAGCAGCGGGGCCAGCAGCGCUGCCUUCAGCAGCUCCGCCCAGUCUCCGUUCACCUUCGGGGCAUCAGGGGCGACGGGGAGCAGCAGUGGGGGCUUUGGGCUCAGUGCGGCUGCCCCAGGCACCAGCUCCACCUCGGGAACCUUCAGCUUUGGAGCCGGACAGAGUGGGACCACAGGCGCUGGUGCCCCGUUCGGUGGGGCACUCCCCCAGAGCACCCUGGGCACAGCCAGCCAGAGCACGCCGUUUGCUUUCAACGUGGCCAAUGCGGCCGAGAACAAGCUUGUGUUCGGAGGUACCUCCACACCUACCUUCGGACAGAGCACUCCCGCCCCUGGCGUGGGCACAGCGGGCAGCAGCCUGUCCUUUGGAACACCUUCAACGCCCGCCCAAGGCUUCAUGGGCAUCACGCCUUUCGGAUCAGCGGCCCCUUCCUUUUCCAUUGGUUCGGGAUCCAAGACCCCAGGGGCCCGACAGCGACUGCAGGCCCGAAGGCAGCACACCCGAAAGAAAUAGCCUUCGUGUCUUGUUCCUCUUCCCUCCACCCCUUACCCACAUCUGGACCUCGGCACCUGCUAGGAAGAGCCUCUGCCCCUUCGAGUUCCAUACAGCAAACCUAGCCCAGACCCCCUGGCUUUAGCCACCAGGAUAUAUGGCAGCCCUGGGCCCUCUCCCGGCCAGAGGAAGCACCUGGAAGCAGGUGCUCGUGCUCGGGAGGCUGGAGGGACCAGGGUAGAAGCCAGUUUCUUGAACACUUUCUCUGGUGAGUCUGGAGAACUAAAGGAACGUGUACAUACUGCCCGCUCCCCGGCUCAUUUAGUGCCAGCCGGAUGCUGCCUUCCACCUUCCCUGAGGUGCAGUGCACCCACCUGCGUCUCUGGCACUUUGGAUGGGUCGGAAAAACGCUCUUCCCUAAGCUUUACCUGCCUGGCUUGGCUAUGAGAAGUGGUUCUCUUCCUCUGGUCCCGUUAGGGGACUUUAUUUCCUCAUUUCUUGCUGCUUUGUCCCCACUGGUUCCCUGCAGGAUUUACUCCUUUUUAAAAGACCUUGAACCUAGCUUUGCCUUGGAGACCCCAGUGGGUGCUGCUCCUGCUGCUCUACUUCCUCCUGCCGAGUCUGAGGUGGCUUCACCUCCCACCCUCUGCCAGUUUGGCCCCUAAAAGCUUGGCGGCUCAAGACUGUUAGCCUGGCAGAGCCAGGGCGAGCAGCUCCGGAGCAGGCAGGACGUUCCCCGCUUUCAGCUGCCUCCCUGCCCUCUGGCCUCCUGGCCUGCAUCUGCCUCUGGGAUCACACAUCCCAAGCCUUGUCCUGUGUUACUGUCUGAUGCUCAUGUCUGUUGCUCUUUGAAUCGAGUUUGGAGGAAGCAUUGAAUUGUAUGUGUGGCGGCAUGUUGGUAGUGCCGGACCUAACUGUCUCAAGUCUCCUGGGCCUACUUAAAGGAACAUGGAAAGUGGCCCCGCUUGACGGCCACAGUGCUGACUUCUGAAUUUUGCAAUGGUGUUUUGACGUUAAGGGCUGGCAGCCCAGGGGAUGGCGUCAGGGGAAGGAAGACCUCCCCUCCACCAUUGCCCCACUCACCUUGCCUCACCGCAGGUGAGACCCCCACGCCACCACGGGAGACCCACGCUGACAAGGUGCAGGGUGUGGCCGUAGGGGUCCCCAGCAGGGUCUCCUCCAGCCCACCCCUCCCCAGAUCCCCCAGGGCCCAGCUCCUUGCUGCCACACCCACCCUCUUUGGGAGAAGUAUGAAUGCGUGUGUCUAAAUUAAAAGAAAAAUAUUUAAACAUUUUUUAACAAAAUAAAAAUUUAUUUUUGUAUUUAAGCUAAAUUGCCUUUUAAAUUCCUUCAAGCUUGGUUCACUGAGGUGGUUAAGUAUAAAUGCUAUGAAAUAGAGAGUAGCUGUAUUGUUAAGUUAUGCCUGUGUGGAGAAGGGGUCCGCUGGAGCUCCUUCUGGAUUAUACAAACUUAAUCCUCAUUUUAUAAAUAAUGUGACGUAGGUGUAACUAGUCCCCUCCCCUAGUGACUGAGGUUGAAUGUGGGAAGAGCGCAAGGCCCAGAACCUGUCAGGGUGGACAAGGGUCCAGCAGCGAAGCCUCACCCCGGCCUUGCAUCGGGGCUCUUGGCCGUGCACGCUGAGCCAGCUACCUCGGGCGCCUGGCGUGUGCGCGAGGACGUGCGCGGCGCUUCCUGUCACAGAUGAGAGUUGGUUCCUGUCGGAGGUAGUUGGCAUUUUUAGUAUGAAUGUGAGAUUUUUCUCUUUGCUUGUCAUAAGAAUAAACAAACUGUGAUCCAUCA